AUGGGACGCAUUUUCAACCGAGCUCUCCUAGAUAAUCUUACUUCCAGCAACCUGAUAUCUCCAGCAGCUAUAGUGACAUUGAACCCUGUCCUCGCUUUGUGCACAAUUACUAUGGCUCUGGUUAAUUAUGACAACUCUGAUAACGAGUUAAGUGAUUCGGCAGAGGAGUCCACUGAUGACAUUGUUACUGAAACGGGUGUUGACAAAGUUGAGCCGGAAUAUAAAAUGCGCAUGCCGAAAAGCGCGGCAAGGACGGCAAAUCCGGCCACAGUAGUCCCCGCUCUGGUCACUUCAAAGACGAAGACGGGGAAGGUGCUAUUAUCCGUACCGGCUUUGCAAGAGCUUGAUUCUUCCAGCGAUGAAAGUGACAAUGAUCGGGGCGCAGUUACAAAACAGCUUGGUAGUGCUGGUCAACGAUCAGUCGGUUUAUUGUCCCUACUCCCUCCUACACGAGCUCCUGUCACUCGAGAUGGACCAAAACCGCUUAUGAUGGUACCCCAUCAACUGGCAGUCAAACGGCCGGCUCCAGGUCAUUUAGUCAAAAGGAAUCAGCUCGGAGGGGCUGUUGGUCAGGCAGCCACUCAAAACGGUGUCUCAGAGGACAGUAGAGACUCAGACGUUGAUGACAAUGAUGAUGCUGAUGAGACUGAGGAUAGCACGUCUACCUCUUUCUUUUCAUUCUUCCAACCCGCGCCGGAAAGUGAACAAGCAGUGGCGGAAGUGCGAGCAGCCACCGCCACGAGUAUCAUUCGAGCUAUGGCUUCCAAAGCCGAUGAGCCGACAGGUUCGGAUGAUACGAGGCAGCCUGGAUUUGAAGAGCAGAUGAUCAUUUCGUCCACCAGCAAACAAACGCCCUCCAAACCUAUUGUACAAACUCCCACAUCCUCCCUAUGUCGUAUUGAUCCCGCUGUACUGAGUGAACUCGACGUGCCGAAGAAGGAAGUUCCACCGGAUGGAGACGAGGCGAUAGGUGACGUGCAGUGUUGGACAGAGCAUACCUUUGUUCCUGGCCCCGAGCGCAAGCGUGCCCGAUUGAAUCAGCCUGGUACCCGGUCCAUACCCGUGCACGAUCUACUGGCCACUUCCAAUCAAUCCAUUCGGGAAGUCAAUCAAGCCGAUUUGACAGUUGGAGCCGAUUUGGAGCUCAUGAAAUCUGUCACCGCGGAUGAAUCUCAGUAUCGGUCACAUCGAGCUAGUGAAGAUGACGACCCGGGGAAGCUGGCGCAUCGCAAACAUCAAAUCACCUGGUUGGCCUAUCAGGCAAGUUUUUUCUCUUCAUCCUGUUUUGCUAGUUAG